GAGACGCCGAGCUAGAGCAGGGGCUGGCCUUGACGGAGGAGGGCCAUCAUGACAGUUUCCAUAGUUUCUUUGUAGACGGAUAGAGUAGAGAUAGGAGAACACACGCUGCUCUGAGUCACACCAACAGACACACCGCGGACUCCUCGUGGCUGAGCCCGGCCGGCAUCAGACCACACACCGGACCGACAGACAGAGGAAGAGGAGACCGGCGACACACCGAGAAAGCGGGAAGCUUUGUGUGAGGAAAACGAAAGAGGAAACUCAGUCAACGAUGUCAGGGUUAAAAAAGAGAAACUCAAAUUCCUCCGCAGACCGGGAGGAGGACAAGCAGGUCACAGAGAGGAUGCUGUCCCCGAGCAGCGGCAGGGAGAAGGGGGACUUCAACCAGGGUGGAGCACUGAGAAGCGACCCCUACAGCCCUAACAACGCCGUCAAGGGAGAGGAGGGUGAGGACGGGGUCGUCUUGAAGAGGACCAUCACCCUGAUUAACGGCGUGGCUAUCAUCGUGGGCACCAUCAUAGGCUCGGGCAUCUUCGUCACCCCGACCGGCGUGGUGAAGGAGGUCGGCUCGGUGGGUCUGUCCCUGGUGGUGUGGGCUGUGUGCGGGGUGUUCUCCACAGUGGGAGCCCUCUGCUACGCGGAGCUGGGGACCACCAUCAGCAAGUCCGGCGGGGACUAUGCCUACAUCCUGGAGGUGUACGGCUCCCUGCCGGCUUUCCUCAAACUCUGGAUCGAGUUGCUCAUCAUCAGGCCGUCCUCGCAGUACAUCGUCGCCUACGUUUUCGCCACUUAUCUCCUCAAGCCCCUGUUCCCCGUGUGCCCGGUGCCGGAGAACGGGGCGAAGCUCGUUGCCUGCCUCUGUAUCCUCUUGUUGACCUUUGUGAACUGCUACAGUGUGAAGGCAGCCACCAGAGUGCAGGACUUCUUUGCCGCAGCCAAGCUCCUGGCACUCGCACUCAUCAUCAUCAUCGGCUUCGUCAAGAUUGGCCAAGGUGAAACAGAUUCUCUUCUUCCAGAAUAUUCCUUCCAGGGGUCCAAAUAUGAGUUUGGCAGCAUCGGCCUGGCGCUGUACAGCGGCCUGUUUGCUUACGGUGGCUGGAACUACUUGAAUUUUGUCACUGAGGAGAUGAUCGAGCCUUACAAAAACCUUCCCCGUGCCAUCAUCAUCUCUCUGCCCAUAGUGACAGCAGUGUACGUUCUCACCAACCUGGCGUACUUCACCACCCUCUCCCCUGAGCAGAUGCUCAACUCCGAGGCUGUGGCUGUGGAUUUUGGUAACUACCACCUGGGUCCGAUGGCAUGGAUCAUCCCUGUGUUUGUAGGUCUGUCCUGCUUUGGAUCUGUCAACGGCUCUCUGUUCACAUCAUCUAGGCUAUUCUUCGUGGGUGCCAGGGAGGGUCACCUGCCCAACCUGCUGUCAAUGAUCCACCCCACCCUGCUGACUCCGCUGCCCUCACUUAUAUUCACUUGCUUGAUGACGCUGCUCUACGCCUUUUCCAACGACAUCUUCUCCGUCAUAAACUUCUUCAGCUUCUUCAACUGGCUCUGCAUUGCCAUGGCAAUUGUUGGGAUGAUGUGGCUCCGUUAUAAGAAGCCAGAGUUGGAGCGACCAAUCAAGGUGAAUAUUCUGCUGCCAAUAAGUUUCGUGCUCGCCUGCCUCUUCCUCAUCAUCGUCUCCUUCUGGAAGACUCCAAAGGAGUGUGCGAUUGGCUUUGGCAUCAUUGCUACUGGAGUUCCCGUUUACUUAAUUGGUGUGUGGUGGAAGAGCAAACCAAAGUGGAUGGUGAAUGGAAUCUUUUCGACCACAGCCUUCUGUCAGAAGGUGAUGGAAGUGGUGCCUCAAGCAACCUAAAAGGCUUCGCUCUUUACUACUGCCAGCUGCCAAUCCAGGUUGCACCAACAGUGAUCUCUGGGCUCUGACAUGUUGACCUCUGUUGACCCCUCUCAUCCCAAUCUCUCUCUCUCAUACUACACACACUCACAUACACACACUCACAUACACACACACACCCUGUCUGCAGGGUGCUGAUAAGGACCUGAUGAAGACAGAAACAUGCAGGCGUCUGAAGCUACUGUGUCUUAGCGGUCCUCAACUUUUUUUUUUUUUUGCUGAUAUUUUUGGGUUAUUUUUAUUUGAAUAUCUUUUGUAGGCUGUUAUGCAUUGUUUUUCUAUGAUGCAUUUCAAUGAAUUGUUUUUACUUUUGUUUUGUGAAUAAGUUCAUGUAAAAUAUCAUCCUUCAUGAAAAACCUGUUGUAUUUUGCAAACUGUGCCUUAUGUGGCAAAUGAAGGUGUAACUGUCAGUUGUUGAGCGGGAGUUGUUGGUGGUGUCUGAGGCUGCUGUCGGCCUUGGCAUUGACCUACAAACAGCUGCAAACAGAGCUCUCUCCUUUCUAAAACCUUUGUAACAAGGACCUUUCUUAAAAUCCUGAAAAAAUACGCUUUUAAUCUCCUGGAACCAACUUUUGCUGCUAAGUCGGAGUUGGGUUUGUCACUAUUUGUCAGAUAUUCAUUAACCUUUGCAUUGGAAACCUUUGGUCCUGCAGUCAUUACAGUUCUCUAGCACUUUCAGUGUUGUCUGUUGUUGCUCAUUGGUCGACGGCAUGGCAUAUCAGUCACUGUAAUGCCCGUAACCCCCAAGUGUUGAGUUGUAUUCCUGUUCUCUGCUGUUUUUGUGACCCAGUGUGGUUUUAAAGUCGUCUAUGCUGCUGUACGAAGCGAGUGAAGUUGAUUGAAGAUCUUGGUGUGUUUUUAAUUUUCUCAUUUUUACAGUAAUAAGACUCAUUUUCUGUGGCUGAAUCCCUCAGAGGAAGAAGGAAGACUUAUAGGAAUUUAAAAUUUCUGCUCACUCAUGUUUUUGUUCAAAGCCCUCUUGCAUUACAUAUUUAUGUCUAAAGCGUUACAGACCGGCCAUGGUGAGAAACCUGAGCAUACUGUGUGCAGUCUACUGAUGUCACUUCACAAGAUUUCUGGGUAUUGGAGUUGCUUUGCUCUUUAAAUCAUCACGUGGUCAGAUGGAGAGAGGUGCAUACACCAGUAUGAGAGAUUAUAUUAUGACUAGCAUUGAAGAGUGGGUCCAGAUUCAAAGUGUGUGGUAUUGUCCUGCUGUUGGUUAUUUUUCAGGUCAGCGAUCUCAUUUUCACAUAGGGGAUCAAUAUCUCAGUGUACUGAGCCCAGCUCGUAGAGCAUCAGGUUAGAGCAGAGUGACAGAAAGAAACUUGAUGCUCUUUUUAGUUUUGUUGAUAUCUGGUGUGUGUGUGUGCGUGUGUGUGUGGGUGCGUGUGUGCGUGUGUGGAUUUCUACAUUGCGGACAGAGUCAGUUUUUUUCUGUGUUCUUCUUGGACUGGUGACAGGCACUGCUGACAUCUUCAUUUUAACAAUCCACACUUAGAUCUUCUGUUACGUUCAGGGUGGGGGGUUGAAGUACAGAAGAAGUACAUUUUCAGAUCACAAUAUCAACUGUUAGUUUUUACUUUUCAUCUUGUUUUGUUUGUACUUACUUUAAAGCAACAGUUACAAGAAAAGUUGUAUUAACGUCAGUCCUCCUCCUGGCAACGGACCAAAAGUACACAUUACCGCAGCUAUGUCGCCAUAGAGACAGCGCAGGUGGAUGCAGCGAGGGGUUAAUGUGUAUGUUUUAGAGGUAGAACCUUUCUAACACUCCAGCCAUCGCACAAAGCAGAUGGGGAAACUAACCUGAAUAGGACUGUAGAAAGUUUAUUUAUUUAUUUUUAGGAAACUUGUUUAUUGUUAUUAGUCCCUCUAAUUUGUUUACAGGGCAUUUUGUGGAAAGUGCUUUACAAAUAAAUCUUAAGUUUUUUUUCCA